AUGUGGGACUACUCUCAGAUAACAUUCGCACUUUCCUCCCCCUCGCGGCUGCGGCUAGAACGCGCUGUGGUGGAAAUGAACCAACCUCCAACAGAUGUGGAAUCUAUCCGAAGACGACGUGAAAGUCUACCUGCUGCCAAGGCCGUCUCCUGGGACGACACUAGGGUCACCGUGCAUUGUCCCUUCUGCAAUGGAACCCACAACCAUGGUAACGCGCCUUUUCUACGACAUCCGGACGGCCAAUUUGUCCAAGACGACUGCGGCCGCUACACAUAUGUUCAGCCGCGCCCCGAAAGGCGCAACCCACGACUCUCUCACUGUCCAGCAAGAGAGGAAUAUGUCAUUGUGUUUCCCUUUGAAGAGGAUGAGCGGGUCUCGGGAUUGUCGUUUGAGCUGCGUCAGAAGUUUGGUAUCAAUUCAGAAUUGCAAGAAGAAAAUUUCUGUACUGUUGGUCUUCCAAACCUAGCUGCACACGAUGAAGAGCAGAGCUCCGGCGGCGAGGAUGAGCUUGAUGAUCUUGAACAGGAGUUGCAGUCUGCUACCCUCGAUGACGGCGACUAUAAAGUGGUGACAAGGUUCCAGCUUGAGGGUUACCCCAACGAAUUUGAACAGCCCGCUUCGGAAUUAAUCAUGUCUGCAGCUUGCAUCGGGGAUAUCAAGCAUAUAGACGAGCUAUUGAGCAACUCACCGAACCCACACGCGCUUCUUCGAAUACGAGACGAGAAAGGCUUGUCGUUAUUACACCUAGCCGUCCCAAACGGGCACCAAGACGCAGUGAGGUAUCUGAUUGCUAGAGGCAGUGAUACGAACGUGGUAGACAACAAAGGACGAACCCCUCUCAUGGAAGCCGCUCUCUGGGGACAUCCCGUGCUGGUGGAAAUGUUGCUCGAGGCUGGCGCCGACAAGAACAAAAAGGAUAAGCGAGGAAUGACUGCAGGCCGUCUCGCGGAAGAGUCUGACUGUAAUGAAAAAGAAAGACACAAACGAGCUCUCAAAUAUGCCGAAGACCCAUUCACUAAGAAGAAAGACCGGACUCUUAUACGUGGCCUGCUUCAACACCCCCCUCCAACACCAUCCUCACCUUCAGUAUCCACCGCGGACCUCCAAGACGCCUACUUUCACAAAUCCCUCAACGCCGGGACCAUAUCGCUCGUCCUACCCACAAAGGGUAUCGAAAUUAUCCGCCCGCAAAAAACAGCCGCGAUUCUAAUCCGCGGCGCACCGUUUCCUCUCGUCGCCGCAGUCAGCGGCCGCACUGGCUCCCGCGGCAACGAGUUUCGGGCGCCCGAAGCCGGAUUCCAGAUGUUGGACGAGGGUUAUUGGGGUGCCUCUGAGAAUUUUGUCGUGGCCAAGGAACUAGGUUUUACAUUUUCGGAAGACCGCCGCGACGGCGCUGAGAGACCCGGAAGCUUUUACGCGUCACAUGCCGAGGCGCAGCUCAUGUGCUUUUUUGUCAAGAGAAAUUACCUAUUUCGGCCGCUAGAAGAAGAAGAAGAAGAAGAAGAAGACGAAGACGAAAGAAUGGGAGUGCAAGUCGAUUUUCUGCAGUUGUUCUUGCUGCAGCCGAGGAACAAGUCGGCCAAGAUUGUCGUCAGCCAGACGCCGUGCUUUUCAUGCGCAGCGCUAAGGGAUUGCAUUUGGCGGAAGCUGGGGAUUGAAUUCAUGAUUGAGACCCUACCUGUGAAGUGA